UGCCACUCCCAGCACAGCAAUACUGCUUUUCUCCUCUUCUCUUUUGGAGCAUCAGCACAUCCAAAAUGCUCUUUUCCUCUUCUCUUUUGGAGUAUCAGGACAACAAGCACCUGGCCUAAUCAAAUACAACAUCAAAGUCAGAAUUUAGAGGCUGAUCAAUGGAGAAUCAAGAUCCAAACAAGGCAAAUGUCACACCUAGCUGGAAACCUCAACUUGGCAUGAAAUUCGAUAAUUUGGAUGAGGCAUGGGACUUUUGGAGGUACUAUGGAGGAAGAAUGGGAUUCAGUGUUAGAAAGAGGUUUACAACUCGGAGUAAAUUUGAUGGUGUAGUGACUUCAUGCAGAUAUGUAUGUUUCAAAGAGGGGAAGAAGUCUGCAGAUAAAAGAGAUAACCUAACUAAGACAGGCCGAGCUGAAAUUAGAACUGAUUGUGAGGUCCGUAUGUCUCUUACAAUAGACCGUGAAGUCGGAAAUUAUGAAAUAUAUGAUCUUUGUCUUGAACAUAAUCACAUGCUUCAGCUGCCAGAAGCAUGCCACUUGUUGCCAUCACAAAGAAGGAUCUCUAAAGUGCAAGCUUUUGAAAUUGAAAUAGCUGAUGACUCUGGUAUUGCACCAAAAAAUGCUCAUGAAUUUGCUAGUCGACGUGUUGGUGGUUCAGCUGGUUUAACUUAUACACGCGUAGAUCACAAGAACCACUUGCGAACAAAGCGCCAAAGAGAAUUGAAGUAUGGUGAGGCUGGACGUAUGUUGAAGUAUUUUCAAGACAAAGCCAUUGAGAAUCCUUCCUUUCAAUUUGUGUACAGUUGGACAGUGAGGAACAAAUAACAAAUAUAUUCUGGGCUGAUGCCAAAAUGAUCAUAGAUUAUGCUCAUUUUGGUGAUGUUAUGACCUUUGACACUACUUUUGGGACAAAUAAAGAGUACAGGCCAUUUGGUGUGUUUGUUGGAUUCAAUCAAUUCAGAGAAACAGUAGUAUUUGGUGCUUCACUUCUCUAUGACGAGACAUUCGAAUCUUUCAAAUGGCUAUUUCAUGCCUUCUUGUCGAUACAUAACCAGAAGCAGCCACGCACCAUAUUUACUGACCAAGAUAGUGCUAUGGGGAAGGCAAUUGGGCAUGUUUUUUCAGAAUCAAUACAUGGGCUGUGCACUUUGCACAUUAUGCAAAAUGCUAUCAAGCACCUACCCAGCAAAGAGAAUAGUGAAGACAACGAAGACGAUGCGGAUGAGGGAGAUAAUGAGGAAAAUGAAUCAUCUCUUCUCAAAGAUUUCAGUGCUUGUAUGUUUGAAUACGAAGACCGAGAAACAUUUGAAGAUGCUUUUAAUGUUAUGAGAAGCAAGGUGAAAAAGCAAACUUGGAUGGAUAGUAUUUAUAAGGUAAAGGAGAAGUGGGCAGAAUGUUUUAUGAGAGAUGCUUUCACUUUGGGAAUGCGAAGCACACAACUGAGUGAAAGUUUGAACAAUGACCUCAAGAAUCAUCUCAAGUCAGAUUUAGAUAUCAACCGCUUUUUCAUCAUUUUGAAAGAGCCAUGAAAGUGAAAAGAGACACUGAGAUAAAUUCAGAGUACGAGUCUAGGAAGAGUCUACCUAGAAUCAAAAUCCCCACACCAAUGUUGCAACAAGUCAGUAGUCUUUAUACUCCUGCUAUAUUUGAAGCUUUUCAAAUAGAAUAUGGGAGGUCAAUGGCAGCAAGUGCUCAUAUACUACCUGGAGACAAUGAAUACAUGGUUAAGAUUGGAAGGCUUAUUGAUGGGCAAUAUGCAACAUUUGAAGAAGAAUACAAAGUUGUUGGAGACAAUCACCAACAAACGGCUUCAUGUAGUUGUGGGCAGUUUGAGAGAGUAGGAAUUUUGUGUGCUCAUGCUUUGAAAGUUCUUGAUUUAAUGAAUAUCAAGUUGUUGCCGGCACACUACAUUUUGAAGCGAUGGACAAGAGAAGCACGGUCAAGAUCCAUCAAAGAUUGUUGUGGACGGACUGUAGUUGAAAAUCCAAAGUUGGAUGCCAUCACCCGAUACAAUUUUCUUAUACACAUGUGUUGUGAGUUGGCAACUCUAGCAGCCAACUCUAAAGAAUAUUGUAUUGUCAUCGAGAAUGCACUUAUUAGUGCUACUAAGCAAGUGAAGGAACUAUUGAGUGCACGCACAACUAAUGUUGAAGACAGAUGCCAUGUCCAGGUGGCUCAAUCAUCAAAUGAAUCAUUGAGUGGUACACAAGUGACUCAAACAUCAAAUGAAUUGUUGAGUGCUGCACGUCUGAAGAAAAAAGAGGUUGAGAAGAAAGGCUCUAAAAGAAAAUUAGGUUUCCUUGAGAGGCAACACAAGAGGAGGAGGAAAACACCAUCUGCGACCACAGCGAAAAAAGAAAGAGAAGAUUGUCCCAUCAGCCAGCAGGGAGAAAAGGAGAACAUACCAUCACAGACUAGUUCAGUAAAGAAGGUUGUCUCAAAAAAAUCUGCAAAAAAGACCAAACCAAUACCAAAACCGAAGGAAGCAAGCACUGCAAAAUAUGAGUUCAUGGAAAGUUUCACCAAUCUGUUGACAGCUCCUAUUGUUAAUGACAUAGAUGUUGACACAUUCUGAAUGGUGGAGUCCUGGUAGCUAGUAAGGUAGGAAUUAUUUUGGCUGCUACACUUUGCACUCUAUGUUCUGAAUGUCCCAAAUGUUCUGAAUGGCAGAGUACUGGUAGCUAGUAAGGUAGGAAUUAUUUUUGGCAAUGUAAGGAUUUACUAAGUUCUCUUAUGUAUCUACCUGGUGGGUUUUAUGAUUCACAAUUUGUAUCCUUUCAUAUCACCAAUCACAAGACAAAUCAGUGCCAAUUGGUUCAAAGA